GUUUUCAUUGCUUUAAGAUGACUUACCCUCUGGGAUUCAUAAUCAUGUUUUAUGUUCCAGGGUUCUUUGAAGAGGGCGAACUCCCAUUGUCUCCCGUAUUCACUGGUUCUGAUAAUAUGGAUAGCUUCAUGGAGCAGAUGUGCGACGCCCUUCGUGACGGUUCUCUGGGUAUCGAUCUAAACAUUGAUCUUGGACAGGUGAAUAGUGUUGAGCCCACCGUUCCAUAUUCAGGUAUAUCUACAUCCGAUGAUACCCUCCUCAAACAUGGGGAAAGAGAAUCUUCUGUUCUUGCUGCAGAUGUCGCGAUAGAAAAGCCAGCUGAGGACGGAGCCUUUCAUGAUGUAGGUUUCGAGGAACAGGGGUGUGCCUCUGCACCAGGUUUCUCGGGGCCCGGCGCUGGAUUAUUUGCUGACAUGUUGGCUGAACAAGCCACCAGAGGAACUGUGGGACCACCCUUUGAGAGUGAUUCAUUCACAGUGCCAGACAUUGGGACUAACCCAAUAUCGAUUCCCGGCAUAUCUAGCUCACCUCAGAGUGACGGACUUGCAGGACCAGCCGUUGUGCCUGAUGCCACUACAGUUUCUGGGACUGAUAGUUUGCCUGAGAGCGGUGUUUCCCCGCCACAGCCGAGAGGUAUGACUGAUUUGCCUACAGGGGUUGAUAUACCCUCCAUGACUACUCCUGCAGUUAUUUCGGAACCUGUCGGAUUUCAGCCUGAGGGGACCUCCGUUGGCCUUGGAUCUCGAUCAUCUCUAUAUGAGCGUGUCCGCGCCCUCUUGGCUGAUACCGAUCCCGACAAAGACAUUUUCCGUACGGACCUCGGCCUUUUUACAGUCUUUUAUAACGGCAUGAUCGAGAAACUUCUUCAUCGAGGAUACGGUUUUGAUCAGUUCAGGCGUUCUUUUUCUCGUCACAUGCUGAUGUUCAGAGAAGAAGGGUAUCCAGAGUUGGCCGAUUCCUUCACUGCCGAUUUCACUGUUCUGGAGUCAGAGAUCCGAGAGUUGAAGGAGUUGAAGGCUGGUGGAGCUUUUUCCUUUGUGUCCUCUCAGAUGGAGCAUAAGCUGACACAGUGGCACGAUCUGAGAUCUUCCAUCGGCAGCGAGCUUCGAUCACAUGAGCAUUCUGUUGCGCAGCUGAUGGCUACCGUGGCGAGGAAGGAUACAGGUAGAGCCGAGUUACUCAGCUCUUUGGAUUCCGGCCGUGAGGAAGUGGCUAGAUUGAAGGAGGCCUUGAGGCACGCCGAGGAGUCCGUUACUCUUAUUGCAGAAGACCUGGCUGGAUUAGAGCGUUCUCGUGAACAGACGCUCGAGAAGCUGGGAUCUACACAGGAGAGAUUGAUGAAGCUGAAGAAUGAAGCCGCGGAGAUCUUAAGCAGUUCCGAAGACUCUGUCCGAGCUAGUCUGCAGGCAGAACUUGAGCAGAGCUACGUAGACAGGCUUUCUAGUUUAGAGUUCCAUCAAUGA